CAAACAUUUUUUAGGGGGAACUGACUACACAGGAAGAGAGAGAGUGAGGGGAAGAGAGAGAAAGACAACGCCUGCUACUCGACACAGCACAGUGCAUGUCUACUCUUGUACAAAUGAAGAUAACAAACUCUUCACCAGACAAGUCGGAUAACUGGUAACACUUUGAUCCACAAUGUCUAGAAGAGACCAGCGGUUCAGGAGAGGAAUGAAGGGACGGUGCAGUGAGUGUGGCUGCAUCCUGUCUAAUUGGUAUUAUGAGAGAGAUGGAGGGUUGUACUGUAAGAAGCACUACUGGGCUCACUAUGGAGAGCACUGUCACGGCUGUAAGGAAACGAUUACAACAGGACUGAUAAUGGUCGCAGGAGAUCAGAAGUUUCACACAGAAUGUUUUUCAUGUAGAAACUGUGCAACAAUUAUCGGAGAGGGAGACACCUACACUUUAGUGGAACGUUCCAAACUCUACUGUGGUCACUGCUUUCGACAGGGUGUAGUCACAGCUGAAACACAGUCGUCUCCACUUACCAAGAGACGACACAUGGUGGCGCUAGUGUAUUUUCCUCCUCAACCAGGUGGGCACCGUGGACUAUCCAUAGAAAUAGAUGUCAGUAAAGGAAAAGUCCCCCUUCUUACUGUGACUGGCUUUGAUCCAGACAUCCUCAGUGCUGGUUUGCUGUCUACUCUUCAUGUUGGUGACAGAGUUUUGGAGGUCAAUGGACUCCCAGUCUCCAACAUAACACCAGAAGACAUCCACUGUGUGAUAGAAGAUGUGAGUAAACCUUUGCAGCUGACCAUAGAGCACAACCCUCCAUCUCCCAGCGCCUCAACCCAGGACACCAUGAGCUCAGACAAACCUGCUCCCAACAAACUGACUCUGGGCCACAGCCUCCCGAGUGUGCAGGAGGAGCCCAGUGCCACUGAGGAGACAGAAGCGCCCCCUAGGGUCAGGCUGUCACCUCAACACCAGGGGGCACCGGGAAUCAAGUCUAGAAAUAUUAUACGGAGCUGCAGUAUAGACAAGUGCCCGCUGUCAUCCGGCUCACUCUCACAUUUAGCGCAGCGCAGAGACAUGGUUCGGUCAGAAUCCCUCAGAGUAGACCACGGGGACCGAACCCAUCGCAUCUUCAGACCCUCAGAUCUGAUUCACGGAGAGGUGCUUGGAAAAGGCUUCUUCGGACAGGCUAUUAAAGUGACUCAUCAAGAGACAGGGGAAGUAAUGGUAAUGAAAGAAUUGAUACGGUUUGAUGAAGAAACACAAAAGACUUUCUUAAAGGAGGUAAAAGUGAUGCGAUGCCUGGAUCACCCCAAUGUACUCAAGUUCAUCGGAUUGUUUUAUAAAGAUAAAAGAAUACACUUUGUCUCUGAAUACAUCCAAGGAGGGACUCUGAGAGAAACUAUUGAGAAAAUGGACAAAGAUUUCUCAUGGAGUGUAAGAGUGAGUUACGUAAAAGACAUCGCAGCAGGAAUGGCUUAUUUACAUUCAAUGAAUGUGAUUCACCGAGACCUAAACUCCCACAACUGCCUGGUCAGAGAGAACCAAUCAGUGGUAGUAGCAGAUUUUGGGCUGGCCAGGCUGGUGCCUGAAGACAAGAAUAAAAUGUCUUCUUCUCUGGAGAGGCCUGCUAAAGACUCACCUACACAGGGCCGAAAGCCUGACCGGAGGAAGCGCUACACUGUGGUGGGAAACCCCUAUUGGAUGGCCCCAGAGAUGAUCCACGGAAAAAGCUAUGAUGAACGUGUGGACAUAUUCUCUUUUGGCAUCAUGAUCUGUGAGAUCAUAGGCAGGGUGAGUGCAGACCCAGACUUCCUCCCGCGUACAAAGGACUUUGGGUUGGAUAUGGCUGGUUUCCUCCAGCAGUACUACCCUCCGGACUGCCCCUCGCCCUUCCUGCCCCACGCUGCCCUCUGCUGUGACAUGGACGCAGACAAACGACCUCCCUUCUCACAACUGGAGGAGUGGCUGGGGAACCUCUUGAUGCACUUGGACAUUGGUCUGCCUCUGCACUCAGAAUUAGAGCAGCUCCGUUCAAGCUUCUGGAAGACAUACAACAAUCACAUCAUCAGUGAGGAUAUUAACAAAUUUUCCACUCAAAAAAACAACACUGGAAAGCAAACUAGCAAAAGAAAUACUAAACUUUUCUUGGACAAUGAAAAUAACCAAACUGAGUCACCUCCUCUCACUGAAAAUAUGGAUAAAAUCUACUCGUCAUCAUCAUCUGAUGGCCAUUCAGAUGAAGAUCACCUAAUGCCAGACGAGUACAAGAAAAGAACUGACAGUAGUCGCAUCUGCCCCAAAAAGGAUUGUAAAAAACAUCUGAUGAGUAAUGGAUGUUCCCAGAAGAUCUGUAGGACUCUGGGUAAAGAAGCAAACAAGGACUUUUCUAACUGCAAAUGUAACAUCACCACAGGACAAAAGAAACUGCAUGAGCUAUCACAACCACUGCAUGAAAACAACUGCGUUCAAGGUCAGAAUAGUCACAGGUUAUGUAGAGUGCCCUGGGACAGAUCCAAAGAGGACUCGUAUCUAUAAAUUUAUAUUUAUCACAUUUAUAUGACAUUUCACAAAGGGCUAUUAGGUAUUACAAUGUGUGUUUAUUUGUUAUAAUACUACAAAGGAGUACUUUAUCUGGCCAAAGUAGAUAACUUUUAUACAGCACUGUGGUUACAGACCGCAAUACUAAUAAGCUAUUCAUUUAGUUUAAUCUGUGAACAUCUGGCACUUUACAUUUCAACAAGCAAAACCUUUAUAGUGUAUUAUAUUUAUUACAACUCAUAAAGAAUUCUGAAAAUAUAUUUUUGAACUGGU